AUGUCUAUGUUUACGCCCAAGAACAUCCUCAUUACCGGUGCAGCUGGAUUCAUAGCUUCCCAUGUUGCAAACAGGCUUAUUAGAAACUACCCUGAGUACAAGAUUGUUGUGCUAGACAAACUUGAUUACUGUUCCAACCUGAAAAACCUCCUUCCUUCAAAAUCAUCUCCCAACUUCAAGUUUGUCAAGGGAGACAUAGGCAGCGCUGACCUUGUCAAUUACCUUCUAAUCGCUGAGAAUAUUGAUACUAUCAUGCACUUUGCAGCCCAGACCCAUGUUGACAACUCGUUUGGAAACAGUUUUGAAUUCACCAAGAACAACAUUUAUGGCACCCAUGUUCUCUUGGAGGCCUGCAAAGUUACCGGCCAGAUUCGAAGGUUUAUACACGUCAGCACUGACGAGGUUUAUGGAGAAACUGACGAGGAUGCUGUUGUGGGGAAUCACGAGGCCUCGCAGUUACUGCCCACAAAUCCUUACUCAGCCACGAAAGCAGGGGCCGAAAUGCUUGUCAUGGCUUAUGGUAGAUCAUAUGGGUUGCCUGUGAUUACCACCAGAGGGAACAAUGUUUAUGGCCCUAAUCAAUUUCCGGAGAAAUUAAUUCCGAAAUUCAUUCUUUUGGCCAUGAGGGGAAAAACUCUUCCGAUUCAUGGAGACGGCUCGAAUGUGAGGAGUUACCUCUACUGUGAGGAUGUUGCUGAGGCUUUCGAAGUCAUCCUUCACAAGGGAGAAGUUGGUCAUGUUUACAACAUUGGGACUAAAAGGGAAAGGAGAGUCAUCGAUGUAGCCAAAGACAUAUGCAAGCUGUUUAACAUGGACCCCGACAAGAGCAUCCAGUUUGUUGAGAACAGGCCGUUUAACGAUCAGAGGUAUUUCCUUGAUGACCAAAAACUCCAUAAUUUGGGCUGGUCAGAGAGGACUGUAUGGGAAGAAGGUUUAAAAAAGACCAUCGAGUGGUACACGAGCAAUCCCGAUUGGUGGGGAGAUGUCUCUGGUGCAUUGCUCCCUCAUCCUAGGAUGCUCAUGAUGCCCGGUGGACUUGAGAGAAAUUUUGAUGGGGCCGAAAAGUAUGAAUCUGGUAAAUCCGAGUUUGAUGGGAAAUCAAAUCAGAAAAAUUUGUUGGUGCCGGCCGCCAAAAACAGCCCAUCACAAGAAAAACCAGGCCUGAAAUUUUUGAUCUAUGGUAAGACUGGGUGGAUUGGUGGUUUGCUUGGAAAGUUGUGUGAGAAACAGGGGAUUGCUUAUGAAUACGGAAAGGGGCGACUCGAGAAUCGCUCUCAGCUCGUGGCCGAUAUUCUUUCUGCUAAGCCGACACACGUGUUUAAUGCUGCUGGUGUAACUGGUCGACCCAAUGUCGACUGGUGCGAAUCUCACAAGACUGAAACAAUUCGUGCGAAUGUGGCGGGUACACUGACCUUGGCUGACGUGUGCCGGGAAAAUGGGCUCCUCGUGAUGAAUUUUGCCACCGGUUGCAUAUUUGAGUAUGAUGCAGCACACCCUGAAGGUUCUGGCAUUGGAUUUAAGGAGGAGGACAAGCCCAAUUUUACUGGCUCUUUCUAUUCCAAGACCAAGGCCAUGGUUGAGGAGCUAUUGAGAGAAUAUGACAAUGUGUGCACUCUCAGAGUUCGUAUGCCGAUAUCCUCAGACCUGAAUAACCCACGCAAUUUCAUUACCAAAAUUUCAAGGUACAGCAAGGUGGUCAAUAUCCCCAACAGCAUGACAAUCUUGGACGAGCUCCUUCCGAUUUCGGUCGAGAUGGCCAAACGCAACCUUAGUGGCAUAUGGAACUUCACGAACCCUGGCGUUGUCAGCCACAACGAGAUUCUUGAGAUGUACAAGAAAUAUAUCGAGCCAGAUUUCAAAUGGACCAAUUUCACUCUUGAAGAGCAGGCCAAGGUCAUAGUAGCCCCGAGGAGCAAUAACGAGAUGGAUGCCUCUAAGUUGAAGAAAGAGUUUCCCGAGUUACUACCGAUCAAGGAGUCGUUCAUCAAGUAUGUGUUCGAACCCAACAGAAAAACCGCUGCAUAA